AUGGGGGGGGACGGGGCACCCCCUGACCCAUGUCCUGCACACACAGGGGUAUUCCAGGAGCUGGGAACAUUUGAGUGUUACUUCAUUAACGGCACCGAGCGGGUGAGGCUCGUGGAGAGGCUCAUCUACAACCGGGAGCAGUACGUGCACUAUGACAGCGAUGUGGGGGUGUUUGUGGGGGACACCCCGCGUGGGGAGAAGAUUGCCAGGGACUGGAACAGCCUCCCAGAAGUGAUGGAGCUCAGACAGGCUCAGGUGGACACGCUCUGUCGGCACAACUACAAGAUCAUCACCCCGUUCAGUGUGGAGAGGAGAGUGCCCCCCAGCGUGUCCAUCUCGCUGGUGCCGUCGAGCUCCCAGCCCGGCCCCGGCCGCCUGCUCU